UAUGAAUGUCAAGUUCUUCCCGUUUGAUGAGCAAGACUGCGAUAUUUUCUUUGUAUCAUGGACUUAUAACAAGAACGAAGUAGAUAUACUCCAUGAGAAACAAGCGGAAAAUUCUAGCGACGUUAAUGAGUUCGAUACGAUCCAACCAGGAAUUGAUUUGUCCGAAUUCUACGAAAAUGGAGAAUUUGAUAUAAUGUCGGUCCGAGCGGUUAAAGGCUAUCAGACUCUAGCCGGAUCGGAGGAAGAGCCAAAAAUUGAAAACAGUCACGAUCUCUUAUUAAAGAAUCUAAAGAUCAGCGUCUGCUCGUGCAUGAAAGGAUCUAAUAAAAAGUUUGAUCGGGACUCCCCAAAUUCGUCUAGGAAUUACUAUUCGUACAGCUCGUCUCGUUCUAAGACGCAAGUCGAGUUAAUUAGGCUAUCGGAAGAGUUGGAGAGUGGUACAGCUAAUGGUGGUCGACAUCUUCGAAAUCGCCACUUUCGGCACGGAAGGCCAACCGUAAGAGAUACGAUUGAGAGCGCCAUCUACAUAGCCGAUCACUUGAAGGAGGAGGACGAUAAAAAUCGGGCAAAGGAAGAUUGGAAAUAUAUUGCACUCGUUAUCGACCGCCUCUUCUUCUGUGUCUACAUAUCAACGGUAAUAGUAGGAACUUUGGCCAUACUCCUCCAAGCUCCCCAAUUAUACGAUUCUCGAACUCCUUAUUUUAUAGAGGGCGUCACUAACUUUAAGAAUUAUACUAGCGCCAAUUCGACUUAUGACUACAAGUGCCUGGGUGAGCCUAUUAGUGAACGGAAAACUUAA